GAAACUGUCAUCAGUGUAAAAAAUAACUUUUACUAUUAUUAUUGUCAAUAAAAUUUAAAUGUUUAUAGAAAAUUAAAUAUGGACAAAGUUAUUUUUAUAUGUAUUUUCGUAGUUAUCUGUCAAACAGUAUUAGUAAGUUAAAUACAUAUUUUGUACUUAUGUAAUACAUUUUUAUUCAUUUAAGGCAAUAAUUUUCAAAUUUUUUAAACUCUCAGGUCACAUUCAAAAAUUAAAUAUGAGUGCAACCCAAAACAAUGUUUUUAAUUAUUAGGCAGGUGUGUUAAAGUUGUAUAUUGUAUAAGUGUGAAAAUUACAACUGUCUAUCUGGUAAAAUGCUUACGCGGACGUGAUACCGGCUUGUAUUGUCUCUGUUUUACAAGCUUACAAAAUAACAAAUUUGUGUUCAGUAUAGGGAUAAUAUUGUGCUAUUAAGUAGUCUUAAUAUUUAAAAUGAAUUGACACAUUGUUGAACAAUUACAGGUAUGAUUAUGUGAAAUAUCUAAAUUUAAUAAUUAUGUUUAUAUAUUGCUUUAAAAUUAAUAGCACAGAAUUAUCUCUGUUGGCAUUGAAUUUAAUAUAUCUUAAGUUUGUAAGACGGUGACAGUACAUGCAAGUAGGUAUAACAAUAUCAUUUAAUGACUAGGUAAUAUGAUUUUUGUUGAAUAUUGUUGAUUAUUUUUUUCAAAUUUUCAUAACAAAAUUAUUUGGGUUAGCUUAAAGCAUAUGAUAAAGAUGGUCAUAUUAAAUAUAUUAACUGAAAAUGACUAAGGAAGUUAAGCAAAAAAAUGUUAAGUCAACUCCCUAACAGCAUAGGCUAUCCCGGGAAUCAAUAAAAUUGCUUUAGUUUAAUUAAUAUAUAGGUAGGUAGGUACUCUGAAUGGUUACAUGUUUGAGCACUAGGUAUAGUCUAUAUUUUAUAUAUGUCUAUGUAUAUGCAUAGGCGGUACUACAGAGGGGGUGGACAGAGUAUGCAAUUGCCUCUCCUGCGAAUUCAUUGUUGCUCCCCUAUAUAUUAAGAUAUUUACAUUUCAUACAUAUGUGUCAAAGGUCUGGUUCGGAAUUUUAAUCUAUUUAAAUCGAAAUAACUUAUCGGUAAAUAUCAUGAUUUAAGGUAUUACAGGUUACUUAACAGAGCAUAAUUUUCGAUGCCCUUUGUGCUUUUAGAUUCUAAGCGCAGUGGGAAAUGUAUUGGUUUUACAGAUUUUCAAGUGUAGUACUUUUUCUGGAAGGAAAUAUUAUCUGGGUGAUACUAUAAAGAGGUCAAUUAUUGAUUUUCCCAGCGGUUUUUAUAAUAAUUGGGUAAAUCAGGAAACCUAUGAUCCAGUAUACAGUAUAUAGGUAGGUACUUAAUAGGUUUUAUUAGGAGUGGGUCGAUAUUUGAUAAUGGCCGAUAUCAGUGAUAUCGGUUUUUCAAAAAAUCCGAUAUUUUAGAAGAAAAAUUUCUAUUAUGUAUUUGGAUUAUAAAAAAAUCAUUAAUCAUGUUUUCAACCAAAUAUCUUUUACCUUAACUUUAAUAAUAACCACAUACGCGUCGUUGUAAAUAAUAUAAUAUAGCUGUGAAAUAGGAUCCAGGUAGGUACUAUGAUAAUAAAUAAAAUGACUUAUUACAGACAAUUUCCAGUUAUUUAUUUUUAAACUAGAAAUAUGCCGAUCGUGUAAUGGUGAUCGUCCCAUACCUUUCCAGGAGGGUCUAUAUGCUGUUAAGGUUAUUUGAAUACAUUUUAAAGAAUAUCCUACUACUGUAAAUCUAUUAUUUAACAUGUGAAGCUUAACAAGCUUAACAUGAACACUUUCAAUAUAUCUAAUCAAUAGUUAUAUAGAAUGUGUACAUUUUAAGAAGAUGCUUAAUAAUCUACAAAUUGCAUAAACUAUUGAACUAAAUUUUGUAAUUUUAGAGAGGUCUGUACGAAAUAUAUAAGCGGACCACUAAUCUAUCUAACUAAAUUAAAUAAAUAUACUACCUGUAUCAUAAUGGGUGCAAAGGGUCAAAUUAAUAUAUCUAUUCAAUUCUGAUAUAAAAUAAUAUAUAAAUUGUAGACUGUUGGGCAUGAAAGGCCAUGGAUUUUCCGUCAAAAGCGUAUGGCAAAUGAUGAAGAUUGUCACAGUCUCAUGCCAGGCCCAGGAAAGGUAUAUUAAUACUGUAAAUUAAUUUUAAUAUAAAAUUUAAUUGUCUAUAUUGUAAGUAAUAUAAAUAGUUUAACAAUGGAUACAGUACCUGCUACUAUUUUGUGGUACCUACUACGGGAGUUUAUAAUUUGCACCGAAAUAAGGGUAUGCAGUUUGCACCACCGUAGAUAAUUAAAAAUUGUUUUUGUAAUUUGCAUCAAAAUGAGUAUCUAUGUAUUUGAUUGACCCAUAGUGGUAUAAAAGAAAGUGUUAGCUAGUCUAUAUUACUAUUUUUAAAAAUCUAAAAAUUAUUGUUUUCUUUAAGAUAAGUUUAUCUCUAAAAUAUUCUGUUUCUAAAGAAUGAAUUUAUCAGUAUACACUCGUUUUAUAACGCAUUAUUAUUACAUUAUUUGAUUGAUAUUUUCAAACUUUUAUACAUUUGUAUAGUAUUUCAUUUUCAUUUUUGCCUAAAAUGCCAUUAUAAUAAUAUUAUAUAAUAUAUCUGUCAUAUAUCAUUGUUAUAAGGUAGCUUUUAAGUCAAUACUGACUAACCGUAGAACGGUGAAAAUAGGUAGAUAUGUGAAAUAACCUCUCAAAACCGAAACGGAAUAUUCUGUCUUUAUAGGCUUCUCAAUAUAUUAUACUCUACUAUCGAAACUUGUACAUAGAUACUAUCGAAAGAAUAAUCGAUUUGAAUUUUGGUGCAAAUUACAAGCGCAGUUCAAAAAUGUUUGGGCAAAUUACACAUGUUUUAUAUAUUUAGCGUCAAUUUUAGUGCAAAUUGACAACACCUCCUACUACCAGGUCCGAUGAGUGGAGGAGGGAGGUCGAGGGUGAAUCACCCUGAGCCAGGGAUUUUCAUUAGGACUCGGUAUGUGAACCGAAAAAGCACAACAAAAUAAGUACCGAUCUAGGUGUUUACAGAAUUUUGAAAAAUCCUGGCCUCUGUAAAACUUUAAUGCAAAAUAAUUUUAUUAUUUGGAUUUUUGAAUAAAAAAAAGACUGAGACUUGUUAUCUUACAGUACGUACAUAAGAGAUACGCUGGAUGAUUCGAAUAAAUAAUAAUAUACAGUAGGUACCUAUAGGUUAUAUUUAUAACACGUGUGACAACUAGUGUCCGUUGUACAUAAUGAGUUUAACAUAAUUAAUUUAAUAAUUACUAAAAAUAAUUAUUUUUAAAUAGGUAUGUUGUACCUACAUUCGAUAAUCGACAUAAUGCAUUUUAUAUUUUGUCGUGAGGCGUAAAUAGGUAAAUAAAAAUAUAAUUUUGUUUUAAUUUUUAAUUGGGACAUAUCGAACAAGCGUGUAUGAGACAAAUUUGGGCUUGUGUGUCACUAUACUCCUGGCCCCUAAUUUUCUCUCAUCGAUCCUGCCUACUACAUAGUCAUAUUUACCUAAUACAUAAUAUCUUAUUAAAUUACCUAUAUUAUUAAUUAUAAUCUUAGUACUAUAAUUUAUUUAUAACCAAAAAAAACAUUAUAAUAAUUUUUCAUGAAUAAAAGUUACCCAUCCCCUGUAAGCUAAUGUUAGUUGUAAUUUGUAAAUAAUUAGCAACUAAUUUACUAAAUGGCUAAAUAGUAAAUACAUUUACCUAUAGUAUAUUUAAAUUACUCUCCUACCUAGUUUAAAUAAAUAUUUCAUUAUUUUACAAAAAAAGAAUAGAAUUUUAAUCAUGUCUAUGAGUAAUUCUGACAUAUCUCUGAUUAAUUUCUAUCUAUUUAAUAAUAAUCAAAUAAAAAGAAAAUUUAAUAGAAUGUAGUUAUCAACAUGUAGACAUUAUUUCUGAAAUAUUCUAAUAAUUUUCUUACAGGCAACAACUUAGUAAAGAUGGGUAGGUCUUUAAAUUUAAUAGUUACUACCUAACUACAAUUAAUCAUAUAACAGUAACAGAUUUUUACUAUCUUUAUAGAAAUUACCUUCAUGUUGUCAAAUGCCAAAUAUAUUACCCGGUUUGGACAAUGCAUGGGAAAAAUGUUUUGAAAAAUUCAAGCAAAUUAAGGAUAAACCUGAAACAGAAGAAUACAAGGAAAUGGUACACGGAAAAGGUACACUAUUAUAAUAAAGUGUAAUACUACCCAUUUAUGGAGUUAUUUUGAUUUAAUGUUAAAUUGAACCUCCAAUAUGUAUAGGCACUUAAAACACUUGCAACAAUUAAGGGUGAUUUAUUUUGCUUUUUGCACUGUAAUAAUUUUAUUUCCAUAAUGACAGAUCGUCUCUAAUACAAUUGAUGUACAAAUUAUUAUAUAAUUUAGUUCUAUUAGACAAGGUCAAUAGUUUAAACUAAGUGUUACAUUUACUUUUAGUUUACUGAAAAUAUAAUGGCCAUUAAUACAUUUUCCAACCAUUAUCAUUAAUGCAUUGUUCAAUAAAGUUAAUUCCUUAUCAUAUAUUUUUAGAUCCACCAUGUCUUUUUCAAUGUAUUUUUAUGCAAUCCGGAUUGGCUGUAAGUAAACAAUUUAAAAUACCUCAUUAAAAACAUUUGAUAUAGGUACAUAUUAUUCUAGACUAACGAUGGAAAACUUAAUGAAGAAAUGAUAACAAAAAAGAUGAGUGAAGGAAUGAACAAUGACCACAAGUGGAAAUCUUUAUGGGAGCCAGCACUCAAUAAAUGUUUUGAUGAAGGUAAAAUUGAAUAUUGUAUUAAUUAUUUUUGAAUUAAUUUUUAAUUUUUUGUUUAGUCAAAGAUGAAAAUAUAAAAAUCAUGCCAAUGAUGAAUACCCCAGCAGGAAGAUUAAUGAAAUGUUUCUUGAGAGAUUUGUUUAUGGUAAAAAGCAUUACAUUUUUCAAAUAUCUAUAUAUACUAUUAGGUAGUAUAUUUUUUUAGAAUGUUCAUAUAUACACAGAGUGAUUCAAAAUUUAUAAUACAGCCAUUUUUAUCUAGUAAAUAUUCAAUAACAAGAAAAAUAUACAAUACAAAUUAUUUUAGAUAUUUAUAAAUUGAAAAUUUUUUUGCUUAGUAUAGAUAAUUCAGGACCAGACCAUUAUGCCCAUACAAGGUCAUGCCUACAUUAACCAGUGGAAAAAUUAAGCAGAAUCUAGUGUAUAUAAUUUUUUUUAAAUUAGAAUAUGAAAUCCAUAUUUUAUUAUCAAUGUUUCAUAUUUAAAUAUUUUAUCUUUCUCUAAAGACUGAUAUAAAUAUUAAGUGUGGUUCAUUUAUUAAUUAAAAUCUUGAUGCGGGGUAACUUCCUUUAAUAAACUUCAAAUUGUAAUAAAGUAGAGUAAAUAGAGUAUUGUAAUAAAAAUGUGCACGAUCUUAUGUAAUAAAAUGUUUGUUAAAAAAAAUACAUUCUGAUAUGUGUUGUUUAAGUCAGGAACUUAAAAAUGUAAUACCUAAAUAUUAACAUAAUUUAUACACGAGAAAAUAUAUUUUCUAUUAAGUAUUAAUAAGAUAGAUAUUAAUUAUGUUAUUUUUAUAUUUCAGAAUUGUCCUAAAGAUAUAUGGGUUGAAAGUAAGUAAAACUAAAUAAGUUAUUAAUAGUAUAAUUAAUAUUAUUCUAAAUGUUAAUAGAUUCAGAAUGUUCUAACACAAGGAAUAUUGUUAAAAAAUGUUCAGAAAUGCCACCUCCGGUUUUCAAAGCACCACCAAAAUUGAUUUAAUUUUAAAAUUACUAUUCACACGUGAUAUUAUUAUGUCAACCAAUUAUUUUUUGAAUGUUUGUAUCAAAAUAGAUAAAUUGUAUUAACAUUGAACAAUAAAUAACACUUCAAAUUUAAUAAAAAAAAAAAAACCAGGUUUUUAUUUUCUUAUUUUUCACUCUAUUGAUAUACAUCAGUUACAGAAAUUGAAAAAUAAUCUUAAUGUAUGAAUGAAUUUCUAUGGAACAAAUACGACAUUCUGAAGAUGUUUAAUAAUAAAUUAGAACGCUUUGAAUACACUUAAGUUAGGUGCAAAAAUUUAAUAUAAUCAAGUUAAAUAUUUUGAAAAUAAAUACAAAAUAAACCAUAUUAAAGAUUUUGUAGUAUUGUUCAGACUCAUAGUAAUAUGCCAUAUCCAAAUGUUCUUUUAAUAGGCGUGAAGUAGUAUCUAUCCCAAUUUUGACGAGUAACAGCUUCAUCACUAAAAAAAAUUUAAAAAAAUGUAAAUUCAAGAAUUUAUCAAAACCCCAUAAAAUAAUUAAGUAUUUAAUGUGUAUUACUAUUUAGGUACUCCUACAACAGUAAUUUUAACUUUUGUGUGGUCAUCUUGUUGAUUUAUAAUAACAGUAACAGUAGAGUAUAACCAAUCAGGCCACUGUUUGGUUCUCCAAUUUUGAACAAUUUUCUUUCCAGGAUUC